GGGGCGCGAGCGCGCGACCGCCUCCGAGAGCGCGCGAGCGGACGACGGACGACGGACGAGCGACGCUUCGCGCGGCAGAGGAGAGGGCUGACAUCGAUCGAGUCGAGCAGAGUCGCCAUGCCGCUCGUGCCCUCGUUCACGCUCAAGCUCGACGACGGCAUCCUCCCCGGUCUCGUCGUCGUGGGGAAGUACGACGGGACGCACCCGUGCCUCACCGCCGCGACGAGCGGCGGGAAGGUUUUCAUCCACGACCCGUUCGCGUCCACGACGGACCCCGGCGCGAACGACGCGCGCGCCUCGCGCGUCCGAUACUUGAACAUCAACAAGGAGAUCACGUCCCUGGCCGCGGGCGCGAUCGACCCGGCGUCGCCGAACCGCGACCUGCUCCUCGUCGGCAGCGCGACGGACGUCCUCGCGUACGACGUCGAGGAGAACAAGGACGCGUUCUUCAAGGAAGCGCCCGACGGCGCCAACGCCGUCGUCUGCGGGAAGAUCGGAAGCGAAGCGCGGACGCUCGCGCUCGUCGGCGGCAACUGCUCCAUCCUGGGGUUCGAUCACGAGGGCGAGGAGGCGUACUGGACCGUGAGUGGGGACAACGUCAACGCGAUGACGCUCGCGGACGUGGACGGCGACGGACUGAACGAGCUCUUCGUCUGCGGCGACGACUUCACGAUUCGACUCUUUCGAGACGAGGAAGUGGUCAGCGAGAUCACGGAGAGCGAACGCGUGAUCAACGUGUGCCACCUUAAAGGCGAGCGGUUCGGGUACGCGCUCGCGAACGGCACCGUGGGCGUGUACGACGGCACGCAGCGGCAGUGGAGGGUGAAGAGCAAGAACCAGGUCACCGCGCUGUGCGCGUACGACCUCGACGGCGACGGCGAGAGAGAGCUCGUCAUCGGGUGGUCCUCCGGUCUCGUCGCCGUGAGGAACGAGAGCGACGGCGAGCUGGUGUACAAGGACACGUUCGACGCGUCGAUCGCGGCGUUCGCGAUGGCGGACUACCGGAUGGACGGCACGACGGAUCUGAUCGCGUGCGCGGUGGACGGCGAAGUCCGCGGGUACCGAAGUCAAGCGGGGCAGAUCGAGACGGGCGACCGCGCCGCGGGCGCGGGCGCGGGCGGCGGCGCGACGGCGGCGGCGGAAGAAGAGCCGCCGAAGAAGAAGAACCUCCUCGUCGAGCUGAACUCGUACGAGCGCAACGCCGCGGCGGCGGAGAGCGGCGCCACGAGUUUGACGUCCGCCGCCGCGGGCGCGAUUCCGAGGGACACGGACGUCGUGAGCGAGCUCGAGAUGAACGAGGAGCUCGGCGGCGGCGAGCUCGUGCUCUCGACGAACAACGACGCGGUGAUCAAGGCGGUGAACAUGUACGGCGAGGGCGUCUUCGAAGAGGAAGCCAGGUUCGUGUACUUUCCGAACCCGAAGACGACCGCGCGGGUGUUCAUUCGCCCGCCGCGGGAUAUCUGCGCGGACGUCUCGAUCAAGGUGUUGGUGUCCGCGCGGAUGUCGAGCGUCUAUCACGUCUUCGAGUUGGAGUUUACGCUUCCCAAAUUUUGCAUGUACGCGCGGCUCAACGCGCCGGUCGCGACGCCGAGCGGGAGCGUGUCGUUUCGUCUUCCCGGCGUGAACGCGCGUCGAAUGGCGACCUGGAUCGACGACGCGUUCAACACCAACGUCACGGACAUCGUCCAAGGCCCGGACGACGACUUCGAGUGCGGGUUCGUGAGCCUCCGCGACGGGCGACCGACGCUGAUCGACGCGACGUUCGACGACGCGACGCGAGGCGGCGCGGACGCGGGGGGCACGGUCACGCUGCGCACGGACGACAUGGAUCUCGCGGGGGACAUCGUGCAGGAGCUCUGCGCGGUCGUCGGCGUCACCGACCUCGAGUCCACGUGCGAUUUCCCGGAGGACAUGGAGCGGUUUCGAGAGACGCUACGAGAGGUGGACGAGCGAAACGCGGACCGCGCGAGGCUCGCCGCGGAGGUGGCCGACGGCGCGAAUCUCGUCAAGUCCUACAUCAUCCGCGCCGAGGACGCGAGGAUAUUGCGCGAUAUGGACACGAUGAUGCGCAUGUACAACGAGCUCAUGGACGUGAACAGGGAGUUGAUCGCGGAGCACAACAAGCGCGCAGAGAAUCAUCAGGCGCUGCUCGCGGCGCUUCGACGGACGAAUCAGAUGAUACAGAGAGCGGCGAAGUUGCGGUGCGGCGGCGCGAAGACGCGGAUCGUGAGCGCGUGCCGGGCGGCGAUCAAGGCGAACAACGUGCACGCGCUGUUCAACUUGAUACAGUUCGGCGUCGUGGACUGAUCGACGACGACGACGCGGUGACGCGAACACGCGUCGUGUUGUAAUUCAUAUUUAAUUCGUAGCAAAAAAAA